AUGGAAGUAUGUCGUAUAGAAAUUGAAGAAAAAAAGCAUUGUGAAUAUCGAAGCUGUUGUAAAAGUGUUCCAGAACAGAACAAUGGUCAUAAUAGUAUCAAUUAUGUGAAGAAAAAGAGUAGGGUUGUUAGCAUGGUGAAUAAAAUGAAUAUUGACAAAAAAGAAUCUGAAAAACACGUACCUGACAUCCAAAUGAUAAAUGAUAAAGCCCAAAAAGAUAUUGAUCAUAAGAUCAAUAAUGUUGAUAAAAGGAUUAAAGACAAUGUGAAUAUUAGAUGCAUAGAUUUUGAUGAAAAAAAAAAUGGAGCUUAG